AAGGAGCAAACUUGAUUAAAACCAAAACGACAGUCUGAAGUGGUAUCAUCUCAUUUUAAUCACCGUUCUCUCGGCGACAGCGGAAACGAGACAGUGCAGUUUCUUUCGAAGCUUCAAUCUUGGGAAAUUGAUGAUGGGCCACCUUGUGAAUCUUCUCCACGGAACUGUCUUCUUAAACAAAUUAUAUCCCAAUGACUUCCCCAAGUUGUUUAAGCAAAAAACAUGUUCUCAUACUGGAAAUCUUGGCAAGUUUCAUAAGUAUAAUGGUGCCCCACUGGCUUGGCAAGGCAGUGGGCAGUUAGCAAAUCAUGUUGCAACCUCAGUUAACCAUGAGAUUUACUUUAGUAAUGGUGGAGAGUUGAAUGGUAUUCCUCAUAUACGAACUCUUAGAGAAUUUCCUAGGGAGGAGCUUUUUGGAAAAGUUGUCAUGGUCAGAUUUGAUUCUAACAUAUUGCUCAGGCGAGAGUGUGACAAGAAGAAUCAAUCAGUUUAUAAUGCAACAUAUACGAUUAAAUAUUUACAUGAAGCUGGAGCAAAUGUCAUCUUGGUCAGUGAUUGGAAUAUGAAUACUCCAGAAUUUCACAUAGAGUCAGUCGCAGAUUUCGUAUCAGAAGUUCUUCAAAUACAAGUUGUUCCACUUCAUGGAAGUUCUUUUAACAAGCUAUCAAAGACUAAUGGCCUUGAGAAAGAGAAUAUCCUUCUUCUUGAGAAUCUUUCUAAUAUCAAAGAGGAAGUUGCUAAUAGUUUGGAGUUUGCUAGAGUAUUAUCGUCAGGAGUUGAUAUUUUUGUCAAUGACUCCUUCUCCAACUCUCAUAAAGUUCUAGCAUCUACUGUUGGUGUCACCCGUUUCUGCUAUGUCUGUAUAGCUGGUUUUCACUUUGAGGAGAGGCUUUGUCUGCUGAAGAAUCUUGCAGAGGAAAGCAGGAAGCCAUAUGUAGCAAUUCUUGGAGGGGGUAAUCUCUAUGAUAAAGCAGCUUCCUUUCAGUUUUUAGCUUCCAGAUGUCAAGGGUUUGUAUUUGUGGGAAUGAUGUCAUUUCAAGUAAUGCAUGCAUUAGGAGUAUCUGUUCCUCGUAAUUUAGUGGACCAUAAGGCAUUUAAUGAAGCUCUAGAUAUAGUGAGACUUGCUCGAGAUAGAAAUGUGCAGAUUCUGUACCCAAAAGAUUUUUGGUGCAGAAAAAAAUGUGAUCCAACGCAAUUGCAAGUAUUUCCUUCUCAUGAAAUUUCGGAUGGUUGGGUGCCUGUUGACCUUGGACCUGCAUCAUUGGAAGAAAUUUGUUCUAUGCUUACAAAUUGUAAGAAAAUAAUUUGGAUUGGUCCUGUGAAAUUUACUGAUUCAAGUAAAUACACCUAUGGGGCAUCUAAAUUGACAAGAAUACUUGAACAACUAAGCCAAAACAGCUGUGAAAUAACCGUUGUUGGGACUAUGGCAAGCAAACUGGUGAGACAGGAAAAAAGUUCAUUGUCCUUGAUAAAUAUGGUUGAGAAUGCUUCAGUUCUAUGGGAAUUUCUCAAAGGAAGAAAGCUGCCUGGUGUUAUGGCUGUUGACAGGGGAUACCCUUUUGAAAUCAACUGGAACAGCAUUUACUCUGACCCAGCUCAAUCUCUGGUUGUUGAUAUAGGAAGUGGCAAUGGGCUCUUUCUUCUUGAAAUGGCUAGAAGGAAGCAAGAUUUAAACUUCCUUGGUUUGGAGAUCAAUGAAAAGCUUGUUUUGCGCUGUCUGGAUUCUAUUCAUCAAUUUGGCAUAAAGAAUGGGUACUUUAUCGCUACUAAUGCAACAUCAACAUUUCACUCUAUUGUUUCUUCUUAUCCAGGAGAGUUAGUUCUUGUCUCAAUACAGGGAAUGAUGCUGUCAAAAUUUCCCAACUAAAGCAACACUUAUUCAGUCAUUUUCAGACCAAAGACCUUGGCUGCCUAAAGUACUUUCUUGGUAUUGAAGUGGCCCAAUCAAAGGAGGGUGUUGUCAUUUCAGAGAAAAUAUGCUCUGGACAUUUUAGAAGAGACAAGUAUGACUAAUUGUAGGCCUAUUGAUAGUCCUAUGGAUCCAAAUCAGAAGUUAAUGUCAGAUCAAGGUGAACCUUUUCUAGAUCUAGAGAGGUAUAGAAGUCUGGUUGGGAAACUCAUUUAUCUCACAAUUACAAGGCUUGAUCUAUCAUUUUUAGUCGGAGUUGUCAGUCAAUUUAUGCAGGAUCCUCACAUUGACCACUGGAAUGCUGUGAUUUGCAUUCUUAGAUACAUCAAAAAGACUCGAGGACAUGGAUUAUUGUAUAAAGAUAAUGGAAAUACCCAAAUUUGUGGGUAUUGUGAUGCCAAUUGGGCAGGUUGUCCCAUAGACAAACGAUCCACCACUAGAUACUGUGUAUCCUUUGGAGGAAAUAUUGUCUCUUGGAAAAGCAAGAAAUAGAGUGUUGUUGCCCGAUCAAGUGCAGAAGCAGAAUAUAGAGCUAUGUCUCAUGUUACUUGUGAAUUGGUGUGGAUUAAACAACUUCUUCAAGAAUUAAAAUUUUGUGAUGUUCAGCAUAUGAAGUUGUAUUUUGAGGAUCAGGAAGCUCUUCACAUCACUUCUAAUCCUGUAUUUCAUGAGAAAACUAAACAUAUAGAGAUUGAUUGCCAUUUUGUUCGGGAAAAACUGCAGUCCAAAUAAAUCAGUACUGGAUUUAUUAGCUCCAACAGCCAGCUUGCAGACAUCUUGACCAAGUCCUUGGGAGGUCCCCAAAUCCACUUUAUAUGUUCCAAGCUUGGAGCACACAAUUUAUAUGCUCAAGCUUGAGGGGGAGUGUUAAAGUUGUUGUUUAAUCAUGUUUUAUUAAUGUUUUAUAUUUCUAGCUUGUUGUAGAAGCUCAUAGAAGCUGUCCUGUAAUCUGUCUCCAUAGGCUAGGCUGUAGUCUUCAUCAUGAACUAUUUUUUGUACUAUCUGUUAAUUCUCUCUCUCUCUCUCUCUCACACACACACACAUAUAUAUACAUCUCUCAGCAAACUAAGGCUGAGGAUCCUUUUUGUGUGCAUAUUUUCAUACUCAAACAUUUCUAGUGUAACUACAGCACAAAACUUUAUUCCAUUGUUUGGUGAGAGGGGUCCAGUUAAAGGGAAAGAACCCGUACUUAUAUCUUCUGAUCAUUCUACUAAUAAUUAUAUCUGCUGAUCAUUCUACUAAUAAUACUGCUAAAGCCAAUUUCUAGAAACAAUUAUUUAUUGCCUGGUUCUGCCUUUUCCUGUUAAUAUCUUCUGACAAUAUAGACUGUUGUUCAUUAUUUGAUGUCGUGGCCUUCGUAUAUGAUUGGUUAACCCUCUGAGCAAAUUUGCUAUCACCAUAACAACUAAAUUUUAUGGGAAGGACAAAAGUUGUAGGGGUUUCAAACUUAUUCCUUGUGGUAGACGAGCCUCUGAAUUUAAUGAGAAUGAGUAAUCACAUUUGUAAUUCUCUUCCUUUCUCCAUCUACUGCUUAGCCUGAAUCUCUAUUUUGGCUCUUUUUUU